GCGCAGCGCUCGAUCCCCCGGCGCGUUGGCCAGCGCCUCGAUCUGCGGCGACAUGCCCGACGCGCCCGCGCCCGGCGCUUUCGCCGACCCGACGAACAGUCGCGACCUGUUCUCAGGGCCCCGGGAGCUGCGCUUCUGCCUCGGCCCCCAGGGGCCCCGAUGCCUCGGCCGGGCCGACGGCCUCAUCUUCCGAUCCGAGGCCGGGCUCGACGCCCUGCGGGGCCGCGAGCGCAACGGCGGAGCUCAAACCGACUUCGUCAAGCGCGUGCGCGCCGUCGGCCCAAUUGGCCUCUGGCUAGCCAUCCGCGGCCGCAUCGGCGCCUUCUACGCGGACGAGAAGGACGGCCCCAUGAGGCCGGUGAUCGAUGGCCGCGAGCCGCCCUCGCUUCGCCGACGCCCCCCGCACGCGGCCCAGGGCUCGGCCGGGGCAUUUGCCGGCCUCGACCUGUCUGACCAGGCCCUCGCCGCUGAAGGCGCGGACCCGGUUGCGGCCGACAUCCGCGCUGCGGCGCUCGACUUCGAUCGAUGUAUCUACCUAUUCGCCAACGACUACCUCGCGGACUGGCGCGGGUUCGACUUCCCCGAGCAGCCCCCCGACUUCGGAGACCCC